AAUUGUGAAAUUAGAAAUCUUCAAACUAUAAUCAUGUCACUUUACCACUAUUUCCGUCCAGCUCAACGUUCCGUUUUUGGUGAUCUUAUGAGAGAUAUGGCUCUGAUGGAACGCCAAUUUGCUCCAGUCUGCAGAAUCUCUCCAUCUGAGUCUUCUGAGAUUGUUAACAAUGAUCAAAAGUUUGCCAUCAAUCUCAACGUCUCACAGUUUAAACCAGAAGAUUUGAAAAUUAAUUUGGAUGGUCGUACGCUAUCAAUCCAAGGAGAACAAGAAUUGAAGACUGAUCAUGGAUAUUCAAAAAAAUCAUUUUCUCGUGUUAUUCUUCUACCUGAAGAUGUAGAUGUUGGUGCAGUUGCUUCGAAUCUUUCAGAAGAUGGUAAACUUUCGAUUGAAGCGCCAAAGAAAGAAGCGGUUCAAGGAAGAUCAAUUCCAAUUCAACAGGCAAUCGUCGAAGAGAAAUCUGCUGAAUAAUUAUUUUUUUCAUUGUCUCUAUUUUUUUGAAUAAUACAUGUAAUAAUUAAAUUAUUGUACAUACAUAAAUUACAGUAUUGUUCGCUGCAAUAAACUUGAAAAUAUUC